GAGUCUUUGACCGAACCGGUGCCACAUCAUUGGCGGACAACUACGAGUAUGUCAUGUAUGGCGUCGUAUAUAAAGUGGAUGAGGAAAGGGACAAGCGGUCCAUCUUUGCGUCCUUCGGAGGCUUACUGAUGCUCCUGCAGGGCGAUCGCAGCAAUUUAGCGGUACUAUUCAAUGUGCCUCGUGAGAAAUGUUGA